UCUUCGCGACUUCUCUCCCCGUCAUUUUCCUUUCUCAUCACAUCAGAUUCGUCUUCGUCUCCGAAAACACCGAAACAGAAGAGCAAAAGGGGAAAAAAAAAAAUCCCGAAUUUCCCUAGGUUUCUGGAUUCUUUUCUUCUCUUUUCCACUAUGAUUCAAUCAAGUCUCGUAAUUUCUCUUCUAGUCAUCCUAGGGUUUCUAUUCUCCACAUCCGAAUCUCUCCAAUUCGAGCUCCAAUCGGGUCACAGCAAAUGCAUCGCCGAGGACAUCAAGAGCAAUUCCAUGACGGUCGGAAAGUACAGCAUCGUCAACCCCAACGAGGGAUAUCCCCUUCCCGAAACCCACAAGGUCACCGUUCGGGUGACUUCGCAUUACGGGAAUAGCUACCACUACUCGGAGAAUGUGGAGACGGGGCAGUUCGCCUUCGUGGCGGCGGAGGCCGGAGAUUACAUGGCGUGUUUUUUCGCGCCUGAUCACAAGCCCCAGACCAAGUUGACCGUUGACUUCGAUUGGAAGACUGGCGUCGCCGCCAAGGACUGGUCCAAUGUCGCUAAGAAAGGCUCUGUUGAUGUCAUGGAAUUGGAGCUCAAGAAACUACAAGAUACUGUUACUUCCAUUCAUGAAGAGAUGUUUUAUCUCCGUGAAAGAGAAGAAGAAAUGCAGGAGUUUAACAAAACAACAAAUUCCAGGAUGGCCUGGUUGAGCUUUCUCUCGCUUUUUGUUUCCUUAUCCGUGGCAGGUUUGCAACUAUGGCACUUGAAGACCUUCUUCGAGAAAAAGAAGCUAAUUUAAUGUUAUUCUAUUCUCUUGUAAAUUAUUUCGGAAGCAUUGAACUCCUGAAAUAGAACAAUUUUCAGAUCAACAGUGUUGAGUUACCUGGAAAUUUUACAAACACAUUUUGCAUUACAGAGAUUAUAAUUCGGUUGGGUAUAUAGCCAUCUCA